GUUACGUGCCGUGCACGACGCGCCUUCUUAGUUGUUUGAAAAUGAUACCCAUGGCUAACUGCUUUCAGCAAACUUCAAUCAACGAUAUUACUUACCGUACGCAUAGAUGUAUGUUUUUUUCACUGAAACAAAACCGAAAGUCAUAACGUACUUACUUUUGUUAAGAAACAACCACAAAGUAGUAGAAACAACUUAUGAAUGGCCUCGACUCCAGCUUUCGUUGAGUAAACCACAGGGUGCGCUCUUUCAUUCGUCCGUUGCGCGUAGAUUGUAUCUCCAUUUCUUACUAAAUAUCCAAGUACGACGGAGACAAAUAUAGGUAUUCAUGCAUACCUGCGCAGAGAGAAUAAAAGAACGUACCCCACAUGCAGGCAUGUGGCUGCAUUAGUCAUCAGCCGUAGGUGGGCGAUGUGUCAAAUAAAGUGACAUUCGACAUAUCGGUUUAAUUGUAAAUAUGUACAAUUACAGCGUUGAUAAAGCUGAGCUGUGAAGGUCUGGUCAACGGUAUAGAACAACAUUCUCCAUCCAUUCAGUGAAACUGAUAUUAAUCAAGAGUUACAAAUAUGGACGUCUUGAACAAGCUCCGAAACACAGUGAGCAACACCAUAAGCAAUACUAUAAGCAACACUGUUAACAGUACAGCUUAUGGUCUCUCCCAACUGUCAAGUGUUCUGCCUGGAAAUCCAGUAACCAGAGAAUUUGAAGCAACUGCACAUGUCGGCAGCGCUGGUCCAGGCCUGCUAUGGAAGGUUUACAGUGGUUAUAAAAAAUCAACCAAACAGGAAGCAGCUAUAUUUGUCUUUGAGAAACGCCAGCUAGACCGAUGGUCUGGAAAAGUUGAGCGUGAAGCUGUUCUUGAUUCUCUCAGACGUGGGGUUACUCAAAUCACAAAACUCCGCCAUCCUCAGGUUCUGAUAGUUCAGCAUCCGCUGGAGGAGUCGCGGGACAGUUUAGCCUUUGCUACCGAACCAGUAUUUGCAAGCCUUGCUAACGUACUAGGCCGGCUUGAUAAUGUACCUCAACCAACGCCAGCUGCUUUAAGAGAUUAUAAACUACUUGAUGUCGAAAUUCGCUACGGUCUCAUGCAGCUAGGCGAAGGUUUAGCCUUUCUCCAUACUGAUGUCAAACUGUUGCACAGAAAUUUGUGCCCAGAAGCCAUUAUGAUCAAUGGACAUGGAGCCUGGAAAAUUUUUGGAUUUGAUUUCUGUGCUGUUAAUCAGAGCCCGAACGAUAAACAGCCAUCGUGGUCAUAUGCAGAUUAUGAUCCAACAAUACCGAGUAUAGCACAGCCAUCUUUAGAUUAUUUAGCACCUGAGUGUGCAAUUGCAGGCAGCUGCAGUCCACCUAGUGAUAUUUUUUCACUGGGCAUGCUCGUGUAUGUCUUACAUUCACCAGGGGGCCGUCCACUGAACGAAUGUCAUGGAGAUCCAUCAAAAUGCCGACGCUUUUUGGGAGAUCUAAAGAACUCUCUUUCCUCAUCUAAACUUAGUCACAUUCCUGAACCACUAAGAGAUACUACAAAACUCAUGCUAAGUAAUAAUCCUGAACUGAGACCAGAUGCGCAUCAAUUUAUUAAGAUUGAUUACUUUACCGAUAUUGGAGUGCGGACAUUGAACUAUUUGGACAAACUCUUUCAAUGGGACAAUCUACAAAAGUCCCAGUUUUACAAAGGUCUGCCAAAAGUAAUAAAGCAACUUCCGCACAGAGUUGCCCUACACAGAGUAUUACCAGCCCUCUACAAAGAAUUUGUUAAUGCUCCAAUGGUGCCUUUUGUACUCCCAAGUGUACUACAAGUAUCGGAAAAUGGCACUGCAGAAGAAUUCAAGGAACACAUUUUACCCAACCUAAAACCUGUGUUGGCACUGGAAGACCCACCACAGGUCAGCUUAGUUUUACUACAACGUGUCGAUCUACUUUUGAAACUGUGCCCGGCUGAUGCGAUCAGAAACGAUGUCCUGCCACUUCUUACACGAGCACUAGAUUCCGAUUGGGAGCAGCUGCAAGAGCUCUGCCUUGCUGCACUCCCUUCUAUAGCCAACUUGAUCGAUGGACCAUCAAUGAAAAAUGCGAUUUUACCUAGAAUUAAAAAAUUAUGUCUAGCAAGUAAAGGUAGUACCAACUUGGGGGUGAGGGUGAACUGUCUUCUGUGCCUUGCUAAAAUGCUAGACCACUUGGACAAGUGGUUGAUUCUAGAUCAAAUUCUUCCAUUUCUCCAAGAAGUCCCACAUUCUGGCGAACCUGCCGUUUUAAUGGCCAUUAUAGGUAUUUACAAGCUGGUACUGACCCACAGCAAGCUGGGCAUGAGUAAGGAGAUGUUGGCAACUCGAAUUUUGCCAUUUCUGCUUCCAUUCUGUGUUGAACCAGGACUUAGUCCCACACAAUUUGAAACACUAGCUUCGCUUGUGGGAGAUAUGGUGACACGAGUUACCUCUGAGCAUCGUGAAGCUCUCCGUCAACUGGAUGCUGUCCGAAAGGAAGCUCAACAAUUUGAUCAGGCUCUUUCCCAAGCUGGCAAUCCUACAUCUAGUAGUUUGAGUGACACGUUCGCUGGAAUUGAACUAGCACCACCGCCUACUGCUGCGGCAAAAACGUGCGAUACAAAAGUACUCAGCCUACAAGAGAAGCAAAAACUUGUCCAGCAACAAGAAGCACAUCAGAGACUGCAAGCCCAAGCGCCAAUGGCUCCAAAGCCAAUUGUUCAACCUGUGAAAUCCAAGCCCAAAGAUCUAACUGACACGCUUUUACAAAAUAAUCUAAAUCAGCUGAACAAACCUUUAACUAAGUCUUCAAGUUCUGAAUCAAAUUAUGCCGCCUUGCAGUCUCCGUCCUGGGGAAAGACUGGAAUGACUAACGGUAUGACAAACAGUCAAACUCAGUGGGGUGGUCUAGCAAUCACAGCUGGACCACAAACUGUUCAAAACCCAAUGUCAGGUUGGAGUUCAAACGCAAUGAAUCCAACUAUGAAUUGGGGGGGAUCUCAGCAAUCUGCACCAAACUGGAAUCAGACUAGAGUCAAUCAAAAUAUAGGUCAGAAUUGGGGAUCAUCUGUAAAUUCUGGAAUAAGGCCACAAUGGAGACCGGAAGGAGGGGCACAGGGGAUGUCUCAACCUCUUGUAUCCCAACCACAAACUACUCCGAAUCUAUCCACACAAGACAUUAUGGACUUACUUAGCUAAUACAAACUGACUGCAUUAGAGAAUAGUUUAAUAUUCGACUUAACUGUUACAAAGUGAUACUCAAGCAUUACAGGUGAAUAUAUUGCAGAUAGAUUUUUCUGUACUAGUUCUGCUCAUGUUAUUGUAAAAUUGAAAUGAAAGGAUGUUUUGCUUCUUUCCUUUUGCAGGAACCACGGAAUUCGGGACUCGUACUUGUAAAAUCGCGACAAAGUUUGGAAGAUUUCUACAAGAAUACAUGCACCUCGUUAUUAGUGACUAUUUCCGUUGUACAUGCUAGAAAUGACUGUUUGGUAACUGUUAUCAACUUGGAUUCAUCUUUUUUUUCGACAAUUGUUAUUAUGAUACAAAUUCGAAUAAACUGGUUAACUAUAAGCAUCAGAUUUAAAAUUUGUGACAGUUUACAUUUUUAUAAUGUAAUCACGAAUUUUACCCGUUUUGUAGAAAAUUACGUUAUAAAUACACCUACAUUAAAAUUUACGAACAUAAUCUAUAAAGUACUGUUUACAGUGUAUUUAUAAAUUUAGUUUAAUCAAAAAUCACGUAUUUAAUUGGAAUUUAUCCAAGAAUUUCACUCACGUUCACAGUAACUCAUACUUUAUACCCUAAAAUAUCUAUAUGCAUUGGUGCAUUUCAUAUAGAAUAUAGAUUGAGUUUUUCUAAAUACACAAAGUAUGUUCAUAUCAGUAAACUAACAGAGUGUUAUGCUUUUCUAACAUAAAUCUAGCUGAAAUGAGUACUUAUGUAAUAUGUAUAGUGAAGUAAAUUAUUUUUCAAUUAACUAUCCCUAUACAAUUACAUAACUGAGAUAACAUAAAAGAUAUCCAAUCUAACUAUAUAACCAGAUUCAAUAAAGAAUAGAAUUCGAUUUU